AUGAGUGGGCCGAUUGCGAGCAACAUUGCGCCAACAACGCCCCCUCGCGCGAGCUUCGGGGUCGAGCUGGAGUUCCUGGUGGCGGAGAGGAAGUAUGCACGGGACAAGGACCCUGAUAGUGGCGUCGCUCAUUGCUUGCCCCCGUUGUACGACCGCGGCGAGUCUCGUGGCGUCAUGAUCGAGCUGUUCAAAGACAAGGGCAUUCCCCUCCGUGAGCAUGGGGACCCUCCUGCCAAGGGCUGGCUCAUUGAAUGCGACCCGACCUGUGCGGAGCCCCGUGAGCAAGGCUACGCGUGGGAAGAGUUCGAGAUCUCGAGCCCGGCAACCUUUGCCCGGGAGGCCGCCUUUCUCAUGAUUCGCCUCGUGGUUAGUCUCAUCACGUCCCACUUUCGAUGCCGCGUCAACGCCUCCACUGGCUUUCACGUGCAUGUCGGCAACGGCUACAACAGGAUCCCUCUGCAGGUGGCGCGCAAUUUCGCCUCGCUCUGGUGGGCUGUUGAGCCUUUGCUGUCCAUCUUGCACCCUCCCGAGCGCGCCUUUGGCGCGCCCUUUGGCAACGGCUUCUCAGACUCUACCCGCCGCCUCAACCUCUCGCGUGUCAAUCAGAACAAAUCGGCUAAGGAUGCCGCCACGGCCAUAUGGAGCUUCAAGCACUUUGAACGUGGUAGGGAGAGGUUCAUGGGUGAGUUGGUCCAGGCGGUAGACACGGAGCCAGGCAGGACCUCGUUCCGGCAUCCACCAGUUCCAGUUGAUCACUGGCUAUCGGGCCGCCACGAGGCCUUCUUUGGGCCAGCUAACAUCCCCAACCCCAGCUCCAACGCCGAGCAGCACCAGGCGGAGCUUGAGAACCCCGAGGUCAACCCUCGCUUGAAGUCUUCCAGCCGUGGGCCAACAGAGAUCCCCCGUGCCCUGGGAGGUGCACCCGCCGCGGCAUCUCUCGUCCGUCGCUUUCGGCCGACAAAUACCACGCACAGCAUGAAAGACUUCAUGCUGACGCCUAUGCCUGAACGAUCGGACCCAGUCAAGCCGGAGGACUAUGGACGAUUUGUGCCGUUCCGCAAGAACGUCUGGUCGGCCAUCCAGGAACUCGUGUCCUGUGAUAGGGGCACCCAACAGCUAGCCGAGCUGCUCAUGCCGCCCAUGAACAACAAGUACGUUAACUUCAACUGGCUCUUUUACACAUCCGGUAUCUUCCCCCUUGAGUGUCCCGUGCCGGACUCAUACCUGGAGCCCGAGGGGCAGGAGAUGCGCCGUCAGGAGAUGCGCCGUCAGAUGUGGCCGCAGGAGGAACCCCACGGCGCCUUUGCCUCGACGCCCGCGCCACCCGAAAUGUCACGCAACACGGUUGAGAUGCGCGAGGCCAUGGGCUCUCUGGAUCCAACCUGGAUUGUCACCUGGGCCAAGAUCUGCGUCGGCCUGUACGAGUUUAGCCAGAACGCCGAUCCGGCGCAUCUCAUGCAGAUCAUCCACCGCUGCGUCGAGAGCGUCGAGGACCGCUCCAUCUACGAUAUCGUCGAUUUCCUCGGUGACGUUGGUCUGUGGGCGGAGGCGCGUGUCUGCGAGGAUCGUCUGCGCCGGGCCGAGGAGGCUUGGUUUGAGUGCAUGAUUCUGCAGCCGGGGGGACCUGAUCGGCAGGGGAAGAAGAAUAGAGAGGGAGCAAAUUGUCUGCAGAAACCCGUGGAUUGGGUCGCUCGACAUGCGAGAAACCUGUUUACGCCGCGCCAGGGCGACAAUGUUCGUGAGCCGGGUGCGCCGCGACCAGCUACCCCUGGGCCCGCUGGGUCUUUGCAAGGUAAUUCGUUUGCCUCGUCGUCUCAAGCUAAUCCACCUAGACAGGAGCGUUUUGUCAUUGACUAG